AGGGUUCCGUAGUUACACUGUGGAAGGUAGGACGUGUAUUUACUACAGAACUGUACAUGGACCAGGAGUAAUAGUGCGGAAGCGACGUAUGGAAACAGCUGGUUACAAACCAGAGUGCUUUAAACUUCUGUUUGUAACUAAUGAAUCAGUUAAACAAUGGCUGCAAAUUUGCUAGACUUAGAGAGUCACUUGGAUCGUCUGUAUACGUCAAUAGAAGAUAACGGGGGUGAUAUUUGUAGCAAAGAGACUGGAGAAUGGGACAUCAGCCUCUUUGACGACCUGGAAUACAUUGGGGAUGAAGAGGAGCUGUUGCGGAUUUUGGAAAGCGUGCCAUGUGCUGGCGAGGCUCCUGACUUGGGCCUUGGCCUCAACCUUUCCCCCUGGGGAACAGCCACCCCGGAAGACAGCGGCAGCAGCUGCACAGAAACAGAUGGGAUCGUAGGCUGUCUUUCCCCAAACACGACCGCAAGCUCUGUGUCUUCCCCUGGUUCAGUGGAGGUGCCCUCUCCCUACUACCUGCAUGAAGAGGACCUGUCACUACAGUCUGUGCCAUCUCCUGCGCCCGUCUGCUCCGACACCAGCAGUUCUGUCUGCGCUGGCCUGGGGACGAGGCCCCAGAGAAAGAGCGGCCAGGGCUCCAGAGCCAAAUCAACUCAUCCCCCAAGACGGAUCAUCAACCCCUCGCCGAAGGUCUCCAUCCAGCCGAAACUGGUUGUCCCCGCCUCCGUCCCUGUCCUUCACUCCGCUCUGCCUCUCCAGGCCAAGACCAUCAUCAUCCAGCCCCUGUGCGCCGCGCUCCCCAUGGUCCGCUCCACUCCUGCGUCGCUGUGUUCUGCGCCACCUGCUGGAUGUCAUGUGACUCGGACGGUGCUGCAGAUGUCCGGCCCCCAGGUUGCCCCGGCUCCGGCCCAACCGCUCUCUGACCGCCUGGUCAUCAUGCAGGACAGGGGUGGCACUCCUCAGCCGACGGGGACGAGCGCCUACCACAGCGCGGCGGUCAUCGGAAACUCCCCCAACGGGAAGAGACACCAGCGGAUGAUGAAGAACCGCGAGUCGGCCUGCCUGUCGCGCAGGAAGAAGAAAGAGCACCUGCUGACCUUGGAGGCUCGGCUGAAGGUGGCGCUGUUCGAGAACCAGAAGCUGAAAAGCGAGAACUGCUCCCUGAAGAUGAGGCUGGACAGCCUGGCGGCUGAGAACAAUGACCUGAAGGUGGUUGCCCCCAAAAGACGAGCGGCGUGCCUCUUGGCAGUCAUGGCGUUUGUCAUGCUCUCUGUGGGCCCAAUAGGUCUCUUCGAAGAAGACCCAGUCUCCAUGCCUUCCGCUGGGGCCCCACCUCCUGGCAGACAUCUGCUAGGCUUCUCAGCUGUGGACAACGAGAACAGCAGAGGUCUGGAAACACCUGGAGCAGACGUCCCUCAGGCCGCAGAGAGGUGGGACCAGUCCACUCCCGAGGAGAAGGCGCUAAUGGUGGUGAAGAGGGACCCACUCCUCUUUGGGGUCCCCCGGCCUUGCCAUCCCUCAGUCAACAGAACCAAGGCCAUCAGACUCGCCAGUGAGCUGCGUGGCUGGGUCCAUCGCCACGAAUCCGAGAGGGUGAAGUCCAGCAGGCGGCACAAGACCAAGGCAAUGCCGAAGUCACUGCCAAAGAAGUCUGAGGUUGUUACAGUCCAUUACACCGAAGUAACUGAAAAAAACUCAGCAAGUGAGCUGCAAGUGUACUACGCUCGCCACGGGAGCUACAGCGACUUCUUCGAGGAGAUUCAGCGCCGAGGGGACACGUUCUACGUGGUGUCGUUUCGCCGGGAUCACCUUCUCCUUCCUGCUACCAACCACAACAAAGGAAGUAGGCCAAAGAUGUCACUGGUGCUACCAGCUAUGAAUCUAAAUGAGACUGUGAUAGAAGACAAAGACUAUGAGGUCAUGAUGCAGAUUGAUUGCGAGGUGAUGGACACCAGGAUCCUUCACAUCAAGACAACCAGUAUCCCAGCAUUCCUGCGCACGAACCACUCCAACUCCCAUCACUCCACUACGGGCAGUGGUCAGGCCACAGCUCCUGUGGGAGUUCUACCAAAAACUAAUCAAGCCCACACACAACAUGGGACUGAUCAUUUACAGCCCAUUUAGUCUGUCCAGUGCCCAUCCGGGGAAGGGGGGGGGAGGGGCAUUGCGCUUAAUUUGUUUCCAUAAUGAAGGUAAGGUGUUAGGGGCUUAAUUUAAACAAACAAUUUAUCUUCUUAAAUCCUGUGCACACAAUAUUAUACAGCAAACUCUCCCAGAGCACAUGUUUAUGAAGGUAGGGUGUGCUGCUGUUCAGUUAUAACCAUUUUUAUAGUCUAACACUAUAAAACUAGGGUCUAAAAUGUCACAGAAUUUCAUACUUCGGUCAAUGAAUCCAAAAUGGCCCCAAAUGCUCCCAUUAUUUCAGUGCUUGUGUUAUAUGUUUUUGAUAACUUCAAUUUGGUUCAGAGCUCAUCCAGAAGCAUUGUGGUGAAUUUGUUUUCAUAAUGAAAAGUUUUAAUAUUUAUUUCUUCUUUUCCUUUUGCGCCCACAUUUUGCCAUUGUUUGCAUUUUGCUACCCACAUUUAGCAGAAUAUGUGAAUUUGAAAGCACGUGACUGUUUGGGAUCUGGGAUUGAUGAGAAGGGACAGGGAGAUUACCCAAGGUUUUAGACUGGAAAGAUGGCUGUUCAAUGAAGAGCCGUUGCCAUGUCGUAGCGCAUCUCCUUAUCUCCUUCAUGGGUAAAAACCAUAGCACUUUCUCUCUUUCUCAGCCACUCUUUCAUAAUACAGGUACUGUAAUUUCCCGCCUAUAUUUCCCCGUGUAAGUGGCAGCUCUUGACCUUCUACAAGUUUGUUUGCCAUCCCAUGGAGACGUGGGUAACAAGGGCACAAUUUUAAAAUAUGUUCCGUCUUGUUCCACAUGGGUUUAGAAGUGUCUCUGCUGUGCAACAAAUCCUAGCCAUGUCAGAAAGCAUGGCAGCAGUAAAAUAUAAACUGUUGGAAUUGAGUUUUUAUUUUGUUCUUAAAAAGAAAAUGCAACUGCUUUGAACAUGUUUUAUGUUAAUCUAGUUUUGAGGUUUUUCACUAUUUUUUUUACUGAAGAAUACAACUAAAGCUAAGCAUUGUGAGAUCCUUUAGAUUGGUACCACGUUACACCUCCAAAAAUAAAAUAAUCAUUGAUGGAUACACUGAUAUAUGGAAUUCAACGCAUCAAACAAUGAGCAAUAGGCAUAAUGCAUUUAUAUAUCCUCUUGUGAUGAGAAGUACAUUUCGAUGUGCUAAGGGAUAUAUCUACUGCAGAAACAAAGGAAUGGCCUCAUUCUUUCCUAAUAUAUAUACCACAGUCUUCAUUGUAUUUAUGAUUGUAGGUUUCAAAACGAAAAUAAUGCAUUCGUAAAAAGGUCUCCAAAAGAAACGAGGCAGAUUCUUUCAUCCGAGGCCAAAUCCAUCAUGGUACAGCGAGUGACUCCUCUUGUUGGAACCUUAGUGGUUGCGGUCAGUGUAUUCUGUAUUAGUGACCUUAGCCAACAAUAACAAUUCUUCUGAUGCCUGUUAGAUUUAAGGAUAUGGCUGGAUUUCCUGUUGCUUUCAAUGUCAGACAUGCAUUGCUAGCUUGAUUUGUGUGUGAACUACAUCAUUUAAAUUGUAAUUUUACAGAAUAGAUGUUUUUGCAUAACAAAAACUUUACGGACAAGGAAUGAGGGUUACUUUUAAAGCAAUAAAGCAAAUACUAUAAUCAGGAUUUUCAUUUUUAAUCUCCUGAUUUCACUUAAAUUAACUCCUCAGAUUUCCUUAAUAUACAUGAAAUGUCCCUUACAAUAUGCAUAAUGUACCAAAUUAUACUUGCGUAUAUACAUACAAGGUAUAUAUUAGGAUAGUCUGUACAUUUUUGAUGCAUAUACAACUAGAACUUAAUAAAGCCCUUGAUCAUGAGCAGUCCAUCAGAAUUCAGUAUUAAUCUAAGCUAUGGUAUAAUUACAUAUCAUUGCAACGUCAGCCUUCGCUAUAUAUUCAGGCUUGUCUCAGAGACAAAUAUGUCAUAAUGCUGAUGUGAUAUAAAAUGCCAGUUUUGGUUUCAGGAACAGAUUCCUUUUUUAGUACCGUGAUCACAGUCUCAGGGAAACGCACUUGAAAUUCAGUUCUUUUAAUUUAGAUAUUUAUAAAGCACGUAGACAACAAAUGCAUAGCAUGCAGGAAGGAUUGAAGUUGAUUGGAUGGGUUUGGGGUAAAUAGUUUUUUUUUUUGUGUUUUGCUGUGACUGCAAUAUCUGAAACCAUGAUGGAACAGAUGAAAAAAUAGACAAAGUAAACCGUAGUUUGCAUGGCAGCUUGCAGUGUAACACCUGUGUGUGAUCCUUUAUAUUCAGGAAGCAUUGCCUGUUUUUAUCAGAAAAUAAUGUGAAUGUCAUUCAUGUAUAUAUGGUGAAAUACUAAUAGUAAUAGUAGGAAUAUAUAUUCUUAUUCUAAAAUAUACAUACAACUGCCAUAUGAUAAAAAAAUCUAUAAACUCCACUUUUAUACCCAUGCGGGUAUAAAUGGGUUUGGGCAUAUGCAGAACAACUUUGAUUUUACCAAUAAUGGAGAAUAUACAAUAUAUUUUGUGUAGUAUGAUCACAAUUACAUAUAUGAAGGAAGCAAAAAAAAAAAAAAGAUUUGGAUUUUAUAUUUUAAUAUGAAUGGAUUUUUGAUGGGGGUCACUUUUGUGUAGCUUUUGUUACAAUGGAACCAGUUUUGUAGUUCAAUCUAUUAAGGCAUAGCCUUUGUUUCAGGGGUAUCGUCGAUAUUUGUAUUUAUGAACCGAGCUGUACUGAUUAUGUUUGGAAGUGAAAUUGAGCUUCUGCUUUAUCGUUUUAUCUUUACGGGAGCAGGGAACCAAUUAGAUUUUUUGGUUUUUUUAUUUCUUGUGCUUUGCAAAAUUUGUCAAAUAAAACACUUGAAGUCUAA